ACGGAUCCCCUUGAGCCGACUAGAAACGCCAGUGUGAGAAGCCAGGUCGGCGGUAUCAUAUAGGCAGUGUAUUGCGGGGGACAAGAUGGAGUAAAUUUGGCCGAUCAGUCGUCCGAUCUGUUUCAGGAGUGGAGCGGGCCGCAAGAUGUCAUGGUGGGGCGUGCUUGUUCUUCUCAUCAUAUUGGUGUUCGCUGGACAGACAUGCAGUGCCUUGGAAGGUGACCUCGGUGGCCCGGCUGACCUCGGCUGCCCCGCUGCUGACCCGGCGCUCACCCUCCAGUACCGCGCUGCGCUGCUCUACUUGCACUCGGAGGGCGUCCGCCGGGUGAUCCAGCUCCAGCGCCAUCCCGCGCGCUGCCCCGCUGUCUCUGAUGACCUGACGACCUCUCUUCUGCGAGUGACGGGUCUGAGGAGGCUGGGUGAGCCUCUAGUGGUGGCGGGAGGGGAGGACUGGAUCCGGCUGCACCGCUGGAUGAAGCAGGCUGGAGAGGAUGUGGCCGUACUGGCACAGGACGCUCAACUGCUGGAGGAGGGAGUUCGGAGGAAGGAAGCAGAGGGAUGGAGGAAGGCCAUCUGGUUUGCGCCGGGAAUAGAUGUGAGAAGUUCAGCCGAUAAACGGUUCGGUCGUAAAUUCAAAAUAAUUACCACCAGUAUUGCGGUGUCGGGAAGAAAUCUGCUUUCGCAUGAGAUGGAGACCUCAGAGGCGUCUAAUUUGUUUUUCGACCCUGGCAUAAACGGCUUCGGCUACAACAUCAGCAACAGCUGGGACGUGUUGUCGCAGAAAAUCCACCAGUCUCCGACCACCGGCGGCGGAGGGUCUGCGGAGGCCCCUGCCGGCCCCGUCUCAGUCCUGGUGGCGCGCUGGGCGCCGGCGCCGCCGACUCCGGCUCCACAACUGCUGGUGCUGCGCGCCUCUCCGUGGCUGCUGACCGGCGUGUACCGUCCUGGACAGACCUCUGUCGAGCCGCCGCCGGCGCUGAUUGUCCAGCGCAGUGAGCUGCGGAGCCGUCUGUCGGCCGCCGGCUGCGCCACCUGGCGGGCGGAGCUGACCGGAGCCGACCCGCUGACCGGGGAGCCGGUGAGACGCUCCUACACCGAGCGCUCUCUGCCGGCGGUGGCGGCACUGCAGGGCGCCGGGCCGCUGACGGUCGCCGUGCGCUGUCCCCGGAUUGGCACCACGCUCCGCUGCACGGUGGAGGCGCGCCGGCAGAGCUGCGCCUGGGGCAGGGGCGGCGCCAGGCGGCGGAGUCGGGAGGUGCGUCCGAGCUACCACCGCCCUGGGCCGGCCCGUUGGGCUCCGCGGAGUCGGUCUCUGAGAGCUCAGCGCUGGAUUGGCGGACGGCGAGUCUCUGCUACUGGCCCGCACCGGCCUGGGACAGUUAUUGCGCGCCGAUCGGGGAAUGCUCACCAGUUCAGCCCAGCCGACCGACCUCAUCCGUCUCAGCGUGUCCACCGGUCCGGAGAAGCCAGCUCCGUCGACAGCAGCGCCACCUACCCCGAAACCCCCGAUCCUGCCGUCUACCCUGCCGAGAACAGAUACUCAGCCGGCCGUAGCCACCCGCGUCCCGUGGCGCACCCUAGCGUCCACCGCAGCGCCACCUACCCCGUGCGGCGCAGCAGCAGAGGCUUCCUCAGUCACUUCCACCGGCGUCACCGGAUCACCAACGACAUCAUGCUGGCGGUAUCUCCAAACUUCAUCUCCUGCGGUGGGGCGUUCGGGGGCUGUCUGAUAUGCGCCGUACUGCUGGAAACCUCCAACUCCAAGGUGCCGAAGGAGGCGUGUAUCGGUCCGUGUGCGGUGGGCUCAGCUAUCUCCUGUACCGGUGCCAUGGCGAGCCUGCAUAAAGAGAUGGUGAAAGCGCGUCAGAAGAUGUCCCGUCGGCGCGGCAGACUGUAUUAAGGAUCGUUACGUUCAACGCUGACGUGAUGUUACUCAAUCCAAUCGGUGACGUUACUUGUUCCGUGUUCGUCGAUCGUUUUGGUGUUUCUUUACGGGAUCGAGUGGCCUUCAAGUAGCAGGUGAAGCGAGACUGUAGUUCCUUGUCAUUUCUCCAGCGUACUAGGGCUGUUCUGCAGCUAAUUUCUUUCGAAUUGCAAGAUCGGCAUUCGGCAGGACUUGCUGUCAUACACGAUGGACGGUGGCGUUUGUUCUUCGUGCUACGUUUGGACGAGAGUAUGGACACAUCGUGUGUGCUCUGUGACUGUGUUGUCGGUAAUGUAAUAAAUGAUCUGAGCGUCAUUUUGA